AUGGCGAUUCUGAAGCAAGGCGAGAACGAAGUCGAAGUCAGGAUCAAGAGGGACUCUGAUGGUGCAUGUUUCGAGGAGUAUGUCAAACUCGGAGAACGCGACAAACUCAAUGGUCAAGAAUGCAAGAGGUACAUUGUCGGCCAACCUGGCGAGACUUAUUCUAUCGAGAUUACAUUGAAGCAAGGCUACGAUUUCGGAACAGCCAAGAAGGUCAAGGCUCUUUUGUACAUGCCAGGGAGCAAUAGGAAGGUUGGUGCAGUUGGAGCGAUGGCCUACAAGAAACCUUUGCAAGAGGACAUGAUCAUGGUUAUCAAAUCAUCGUCUGUAAUCGCUGGUGACCGGUUGUUCAAGAAUGCGAAAUUUGCAUUUAAGCAGCUGACGAUAGGUGAACUUUCAUGCUUUGUCUCAGAACUGGGUUACACUGACGAUUUCCUCAUAGCUGAUGGGGUCGAAGAUGGGAGUGGCCAGCCAAUGAUCGACAUAGGAGACCUCGGAAGCUUCAGAGUGGAAGUUUUGAGAAUCACAGGAUGGGUUCGACCGGACAAAAGACGUACAUUGAACCAGAGAGAGACCGAAUCUGCACAAAUCGACUUCCUUGCAAGUAAAACGAGGUCGGAGGCUACUAUGGUUGGUGGCAUUGCACUCCAGAAACAAGGGAUUGCUUAUAAUGUUGGCUUCACUGGCGGAAAAUGGGUACGGCAGACGCAUACUCGAGUAUUCAAACACGAAAAGACCGAGCUACUGAACUUUAAUUUUCUCGCUCGUUCCCAAGGAGUCUUUGAGCCUCUUGGCAUUGUUCCUUAUCCUCCCGCUUUGCACUGCUAUGCUUGGGACCUUCUCAAUGAGAAGGAGCGGCAGUCAGCCCUGAAAUCUCUUCAGGAUCUUGCCAAAGCUCGAGCACAUGAGGAAGUCGAAUUUAGGACAGGGCGACUUGUUCCAAGGUCUUCUGGGGGCUACAGUGAGGAUGAUCCCAAAGAAUGGCGUCCUUGGACGAAAAUGUAUGAUUGGGAGAAAAAAAGAGCAUUUGACUCGCUACAGAAAGCAAACAAGGACUAUGAGAGAGCAAAAGUUCAGAACCAGAUCAUGGCGGCCCCAGCUGAGCAACUUCUUGCCCUGGAAGAUGACAAGCGUGAAGAAGUCAAACCAAUGUUCGACCCAGCCGACAAUAACUUAGACGCCACAGUCACCAACGAGCCCAGCCUGACAUCGAAUUCGGAGACCAGUCAAGAAGAGCCUUUUAAAGCACCAGUUGCUGAACCACCACCAAUUAGUCGAACUGAGGCGAGCAGCAGCUCUCAAGCGUCCAUUGAAGAGACAUCUAGUGCAGUUCCUGCUGCUGAAAGUUUAGCACUUGACCCGCUAAAAGUCAAACUCGAGAUUAAGGAAGAGCCAAUCGAAGACGCAUCUCGCCCUACCAAGCGCCGUCGAGUUGAGAUCACCAUUGACGAUGACGAUGAUGACGAGGACCUUGGGCAAUUGAGAUCAGAACAAAAAAGAAUUGUAGAGGAAAUCGAGGAGGCUGAGAGAUUGGCAGACCUCAAGCGCAAGAGAAACGCUUUGGAAGCCAAGAUCAAAGCUGCUGAGGCUCGCAAGAGGAAGAAGUAG